GUGUUUAUAAUUAUAAAAUACUUAGAAAAUAUUUACUGCCGUAGAAAAAUUAAGCAGGAAAUGAAGGCAAGUGAAAUACUUAAAAAAGAAAUAACAUAUAGGUGGGCAGAGGAGAUUGUGAAAGAAAUAGAGGACGAUACGAUCCUAAUACUCAAGUAUGAUAUAGUUAUGAAUGCGUGGAUCGACGAGAUAAACAAGCUUAUUCCAAGCAUAAAAAUCAAAAAUGCCUGUACGCGUCUAACAUGUCCUAAGACAUGCAUGGUCUGUGUGGAAAUAAUCAAUCUCAUAAAAUCGUCUGAAAGCCCGCUAUGCAUAAACUGCAAGUCUAUGAAGCUUCUAUAUGUCAAAGUAAAGAACAUUAGGUGCUAUCCAAUAAAAAACCUGACCAUUGAUAAAGGAGUAAUGUGCUUUAUUGAGCAGCUGGAUGAUGUAAAUAUAGUAGAUGCAAACGAGAACAAGGUCUUUUUGCCGCACGAAUUGUACGAGUUUAUAAAGAAAAUAGAUAGCGAGUACAUGAAUCCAGUGCUUAUUGUUAGGAUGCUAAAGUAUCUAGAGUACGAAAAAUCACAGCGAAAGACCAAUAUGUGCAUGAAUGAGAUAAUACAUGGCCUCACUGUGAGCUUUUUAAUUGACCCAGCGAUUAUUGAGACCACGCGAAUGAAUUUAUACAGACAAAAUAAUAUUGACAGACAGAAAGAACUAAAGUAG